AUGGCUACUCCCACGGACCCCCUCAACUUCAUCCCCGCAGACAUAUUCUUCCCAACCGUCCCAAACUUCACCAAACCCUCUGAAGCUCUCAGCGUUGAAUCAACUACCUCAACAUCCCCCAGCGAUCCUCUCCGCUAUGCAGCUCACAUCACUCUAAAGGGUGAGCCAAACACUCACUGUCUAGUCCAGUUUGCAUCGCCGCAGAUCUGGAGAGUCAGAUAUAAUCCAAAGCACACUGCUGUGACGGACUAUGAUGAUUACAACUCGCGUACUAUCGUUAGAGAUACCUUCUCGAGUUUGGUUGAUGAUCUUCAGCAGGAGUAUAGAGACUCUGAGGCUUGGAACUCGCAUCCUGCUCAGGAGGGAUGGUUUUGGAAGACGACUUUUGAGCAGAAGUCUUCAGAUCACUGGGUCCUCACUACCGUUGAGUAUGAGACAAGUGAAUCCACUGGCGUCCCAAACACAGCUCUUCACUUCUUCGCCUCCCCAUUCCGCAUCGUCGCGACGAGAAAACUCAAGCCUCUCGACGCAGACCCGGCGUUUUUGAAGACCGUUGGUAUCGACACUGUAUCUGAGUACGAAGAGAUCAUCUGGCAGACUACAGAGGAGGCUUUCUCGUAUCAAGGUAAUCCAAGCAUCGGCGCUGUGAACAAUGUCGUUCUCAACAUCAAGAAGCCUGGACCAGCGGCGUAUCUUGGCUUUGGAGAGCAGGGCGGAAGGACUGUUAUCAAGAAGCCUACUUAUCUCAACUUCUUCUGUUAUGAUAACUUCAACUACUCGAAGGUUUAUGGCCUUGGGGCUCUGGAUACUCGAGAACCGCUGUAUCACUCUACACCUUUCUUUCUGGAGAUGAACGGUACUCCGGAUCGGAAGAAUGUCACAGGUGUCAUGGUCGAUAACUACUCCCAAGUUGCUAUCGACCUCGGCAAGAAUGAUUCGCAUACCAUCAGUAUUGCUACACGCUUCAACACCUUUGAUACAUGGAUCCUUACCGCUGAUGACGUGCCGAGGAUGAUUUGGCAAUACACUUCCAUUGUCGGACGACCUAAGCUUAAGCCUCGUUUCAUUCUUGGACAUCAUCAAGCAUGCUAUGGCUAUUCCAACGAAGACACAGUGAACAACGUCGUACAACGGUACAGGGACUCCGACAUCCCAUUAGACGGAAUGCAUCUUGACGAUAAAUACCGCACCUUCACCAGCAGUAACUAUGGCUUCCCCAGUGUGGGGUCUUUCUUGAACGGUUUGAAGGCAAAGGGCGUAAAGAGCUGCACCAACAUCACGCCCAUUCUCACCAUUCGUCCCUCCGAUCAAGGUCCCUACACAGCACUGGACAGCUUCUGGGAUGUGAACGAUAAGAAGAAUCCAGAGACUAAUCUUCUGGUGGCUGACAAGCGAUACAUGGAUGGUCUGCCUAACAAUCAACCUCUUUGCUGGCGUUAUGACGGUGGUCUGCAGAACCUGGACCCUAAUAAUGUUAACCAGCGUGAGAGGUUUGCAGACUACAUCGGUGCUCCUGACUAUAGGGAUGACUAUAACUUUUCUGAGAAUUAUAACAGUGGCUAUCCAUUUCACGGUGGUGUUAGCUAUGGCACUAACCUCGGAACUCCUGGAUUCUAUCCUGAUUUGAACAGAAAAGCUGCGAGGCAGAAGUGGGGGGAGCAGUAUCAGUAUCUCUUCGACAACGGUCUCGAAUUCGUCUGGCAAGACAUGACAACUCCCGCCGCCGCAAAAUGCUACGGCGACUCCCUUGGGU